AUGUUACAACUUGAUGAGUUGGAAGAAAUGUGGCUGUUUUCAUAUGAGAAUGCAAAGCUUUAUAAGGAAAAGACCAAGAGGUGGCAUGACAAGCAUAUCCAACCCCGUUCAUUUGAGGAAAGGCAGCAGGUUUUAUUGUUCAAUUCUAGACUGAAGUUGUUUCCUGGGAAGCUCAAAUCUAGGUGGUCGGGGCCGUUCACUAUUACUAAGGUGUACCCUCAUGGGGCUGUGGAGUUGAGAGGAAAUGAAGGAGGUGAAUUCAAGGUCAAUGGGAAGAGGCUGAAACACUAUUGGGGUGGUGAGGUUGAUCGCAACAAGACCUCACUCACCUUAGUUGAUCCUUGA